AAUCUUCUCAUGCGCCGCCAAUCAUAUUACAAGUUGGAAACCAGUAUUCUGCCAAUAGCAUUAUAUUUGUUAUAACUGAUGUCACUGCCUCUGAAAUCUUCUCCUGCACCGCCAAUCAUAUUACAAGUUGGAAACCAGUAUUCGGCCAAUAGCAUUAUAUCUAUUAUAACUGAUGUCUCUGCCUCUGAAAUCUUCUCCUGCAACACCAAUCAUAUUGCAAGAUGAAAACCGACAUUCAAACAAAUUUUCAGCAAAUAAUUUUAAUUUCGUUAACGAAAACAACAUAUCUAACAUAGGCCUUUCAAACACAACGUUAGGGCAAAUUGAGCUCAGAAAAAUUUCAACCAGCAACCUCUCAAUUUAGCCAAGUCACUCAAGGAUUUGUUUAAACAUCACAAUUCAGUGACUAGAAUUUUAGUGGCAACAAAUUUAAGACCUAUAAUAAAUUUGCCAAAAAAAUUGGUUACAAACAGAGCGUUUUAUAUUUAAUUUCUUCCGUCGUUUUUUGCCCUUACAGAUUUGAUUCGUCAAAAGUGUUUGGCUGGUUGGCAGCUGAGUGAAAAUCUCAAGUGAGAAAUUAUUAAAGAAACGGAAUUUUCUUGGUUGCAAGCUAAUAUUGGCAGAGACCCUUCUCCACCAUCCAAUCGUCUCUGCGUAAAAGGAAGGAAGAAGAAGAAGAAAAGAACACACUUCUUUUUUCCGGGGUUCUAUUUCUCAUAUAGAUUCUCCACUUCUUGCUGCGAAACGGACUCUCAAGUCUCAACAGAAACAGAAGAAAAAGAAAAAGAAAUCUGUUCUUCGUCCGUUUUCCUCUGCUUUUGCUUUCUGAUUUUGUUCUGGGGCUAACUUCUUUCUUGUUGGUUUUCCUGGAACGAAAGCUUCACACUUUCCCUCGCUCUGUAGCGAACCCAUAUCGCCAUUUUCCCCUGCUUCAGCUUUUCCUUCGUCUCCCAAGUCACAUUCGCCUAUUUCGGUUCUGGGUUUCAUCGACCGGCUCAGUAUUGGUUUGUCAACUCUCUAUCUCUAGCUUACAUUUAACUUGAAUUCCAAAUCGUGUAGCGAUGUAAAUUUGUUCUUGUUUUCUGUCCUGAAUUGAAGUGAAUUCAUCGGCUUGGCAGAAAAUAGUUGAGCUCAGGCUGGAAAAUAAUUGGCCCUGUUUCAUUCCAACUGUACAUUGCAUACGUUGUAUUUGAGUGAUUCCUGAACUGGGUUUUCGCCAGAAACUCCGAUUCGUGUGUAAUUGGAAACCAUUGAGAUGGUGAUAUUAUCAAUGAAGGUUUCUAUUUGCCAGUGAUAAUGCCUUAUCUUAUCGUUGUCUUAUCUUAUCCUUUCUUUGGAACCUGAGAACUCAGAUAUAUGGCUACAUCAAUGAAUAGUUGGAAUUUGCAUCAGGAAGUAGUGGGUUGAUUAAUCUAUCUAAGAUUUGCAUUUUUCCUUCUUCCUUGUCUGCAUAUUUGAGAUCUGUUUUAGUUUACCUUAUUGAACUUCUGAUCACUGCAUAUUGUUCAUGAGGUCAAUGCUAUUCUGAGAGAGAGAGAUCCCAGUUUCCAAUCACUUUCUUAGGCUUAAUAUGGCAAUCGCUGGCUGAUCUGUAUGGAGAACUAUAUCUGAGAGUUUUUUUUUUACUCCUUUUGGGUCAUUCUUCUCCUGCAGACUUCAAUGGACCAAGGCAUAGUGUUACAAUAUCAUCAUUCCCUAUAUACUGCUUAAAUUACUUGAUAUGAUUAUAAUUCGUGAUAAAAUUUUCUUUUAACUUACUUCUGCAUUUCUUCUCCAACUGCAGUCUUGAAUAAUGCGAGGAUCAAGCGGUUUACAGACUGAAGGAGAACUGAAGGUAAGUUUUGGCUACCAAUGCAAUGGCAGUGGUUGUGAAACCCAUAAUCCAGAACCUAUCCUCCAAAGGAACAGCAGCUUCUCUUGUUUAUCAGGUGCUGCCUUGAGUGCUAAUGCCACAUUGGCCAACACAAACAUGUGCAACGGUCUCAUAGGUGCAGAAAUUCUCCCCAGUUGGGACUCCCCCAAAUCCUUCCGGAGGAUCCCCUCAUCUUCAUCAUUUUCCAAGCUCGACAUACUCUCGUCUUCUCUCCAAAGCACCGGGUCAUACUUGAGCUGCAGCCCAUCUUCUCCAAGCCCACUUGACUAUGAAUCCAUGAGUGCACCCUCAAAAUCUGAAGGCUUUCUGAACGCCAUGGAAGUUCAAGUGGCUGGUGGAGCUGCUGGUGAAGACAGAGUUCAAGCUGUUUGCUCUGAAGAAAAUGGAUGGCUGUUCUGUGCUAUCUAUGAUGGAUUCAACGGAAGGGAUGCUGCUGAUUUUCUAGCUGGAACAUUGUAUGAAACUAUCAUAUUUCAUACUAACUUGCUGGACUGGGAUUCAAAUCAGGAUGUUGUCAAGGCUUCGAAUGUAUGCCCUGAUGCCUUCCUUCGAUGUGCCCUUGAAGAAGGGAAUGAUGCUUCUCUUGGGACUCGGGAUAACCAUGAUUCUGGAGAUUCCUUCAGAGACAAGGUACUUGAUAGCCUACAACGUGCAGUUGCCAAGGCUGAGAAUGAUUUCCUGUACAUGGUAGAGCAUGAAAUGGAGGAUAGACCAGAUCUUGUCUCGGUGGGGUCUUGUGUGUUGGUUGUUCUUCUUCAUGGGAUGGAUUUGUAUACCUUGAACUUAGGUGAUAGCAGAGCUGUAUUGGCAACAUAUGAUGAAGACCAUAAUAAGCGGUUAAAGGCUGUCCAGCUAAGUGAUUGCCACACCGUUGAUAAUGACCUUGAGAGAGCUAGGGUUAUUAGUGAGCAUCCUGAUGAUCCUGCUACUAUAGUUGGAGGCAAAGUAAAGGGGAAAUUGAAGGUCACUAGAGCUUUCGGAGUUGGUUACCUGAAAUCGAAGAAGCUGAAUGAUGCUCUGAUGGGUAUCCUCCGUGUCAGAAACCUAGUAAGCCCACCGUAUGUCUCCACUGAACCAUCUUUGAAUGUGCACAGAAUAUCGAAAUCGGAUCACUUUGUUAUAGUAGCAAGCGAUGGCCUUUUCGAUUUCUUCACCAAUGAGGAGGCAGUGGAGCUUGUCCAUUCCUUUAUGGAUAGCAACCCUUCUGGCGAUCCAGCAAAGUUUGUCUUGGAACAGCUUGUCAAGAGAGCUGCUGCUUGUGCAGGUUUUAGCAUGGAGGAAUUGAUGAACAUCCCGGCUGGCAGGAGGAGGAAAUACCAUGACGAUGUCACUGUAAUUGUCGUCAUUCUUGGAACAAACCAGAGAACCUUGAAGGCAUCAACGUUUGUAUGAGGGGCUUCUGUUGUCACUCUAUGAUGUGCUGUACAUUUUGUCAAGGUGUUGACAAUGAAAAGCCUCCUAAGAUUAGUCUUCUGUAAAUAAGUAGGGGAACAUUUUUGCAGGGUUUUAAUGGUUUCUUUCUCUAUGAAUGUUUCUUUGGAAUAAAAGACAUACAGGAAACCAUUUUUGAUCUUUUUGGAAGGGAAGAAGCUUUAGGGGUCGUUUGGAUGAGGAAUUCUAAUGGAUCAAUCUGACACAAUUGUCUCGUUUUGAGUCAAUUGUGCUAGAUUGAUCCGUUUGGCAGCAGAAAAUUUGGAUGAAGCAAUUUGGGCUGGGGAAUUCUGAAUUGACUCAUUUUGAGCCAAUUACAAUUGUCUGGGGUGGGGGCAGGUAAUCUGAAUUGACUCGUUUUAAAUGACUCGUUUUGUAAAAUGAAACAAUUGGUCAAAUUGUCUCGUUUUACAAUUGAUCCAUCCAAACGACCCCUUAGAGAAUUCCCACCAUGUGCAAUGUUGGAAGCCUAGAAGGCUAUUGCUUUUCUGGCCUUUUGAUUUGGCUGAUCUUUCUAUUUGACUGGUUUUCCAUUAGCUCUAAGCAACACCAGGAAAAGCCACCUUUUUAGAAUCUUUUCCCCUAUCAUCCAUGACCAGCCAUUGUGGGAACCUAAAACUAUCUGCAGCCCUUGUUUGAAUUAGGACAUUGCCAGAAAGUAUGUUCAUUGUGUUCUCUUCUUCAGCUAGCCAUUGUCAAUGCAUUCUGCUUAGAUACUUUUUGGUAGAAAGACAGGAUGCCUAAUUCAUUGAUCACAAUUUGCAGAGGGGCAGGUGAUAUCUCUUUUUAGCUAUACAAUCUGGUUAAAGUUUCUUUUUUUCCUGUUCACAAGUGAUUCCUACUUUCCAUGAUUUCUUUCAUUACCGCAUGGAAAUUGGCUUCUUUCUUAAGUUUAGUUUAAUGUUAUAAUUUUCUAUCAUAUGUUGAAUGGAAGCUUAGUUGUUCAGUAAUGCUUUUACCUUUUGCUUCAGUUAUGUAACUUUGUUGGUAUUAUGGGUGGAUUAGACAAGGUGUCAAUUAAAGAACAAUAUAGGAGUUUGGAAUUACAUGACGGGUUAUGGGAGUGACAUUAUCCUCAUCCUUAUCCUUUUUACUAUCCUUAAAAAGGUUUCAUCUGAAAAACAAAAGGAUGAAGUUGGGGAUAAACCCUGCAAAUAUAGCAAGAAACACAAGGAUAAAUGGAAAAAAAAAGUCUAAAACAAGAGAAAGAACUUCAUUAUGGAAGUAAACACACAAACAUUUAAAGAAUUGGUGUCGAUAAUUCGAAUUGUUAGAAGAUAUUAAAAUGUGAAUUUUAUAUUAUUUGUUAAUUUUCUAAACGAAAUCAUUAUAUAUGGAUUUGAAAUUUGCACAAAUAUGAAUGCUACGUACUUACCAAAUAAGAGAUACAUAAAUUCGAUAAAAAUAUUUCGAAAUCAACUAGCUCAAUCCAAAUUUCCCUGCAUGUUGCACGCAGUGGCAGAUCCAGGGGGUGGCAACCCCGGGCCAGGGCCCCAGCCCUUUGGAUCCGGAGAUAGUAUAGUUCUUAUGAGUUUGUUGAUUUUAGUCAUCCGGUCCAGUGUUAUUUUAUAAUAGAUAUGUGUGUGUAAUUAGGAAAAUAGGUAAAAUGAACAUAUUCAAAUUAC